AACACGGGGCGCAUACACACACGCUCACACACACACUCACACACACACACACACACACACAUACGGCUCACAACAUUAUCGCCAGAUCCGAGUCAGGAGUACAGCUGAGAGGAGCACAGUGAACUGUCUUAAAGCUUCUUCUGUGAGAGGAAACGAGAGGAAAAAAGGGCAAAAAGAAAGAGAGGAAAUCCCCGAAAGGAAAUGCCAAUCGCAGCCGCUGGACAACCAACGACUCAGGAGCCUAGAGUUUACCCCCGGCUGCCCUCCACCCCGGAGCCCGUCCCUAAAGGGGCUGAUUUAUUCGACGACGCGGGGGCGGCAGAAUCGGCGGAGCGAACAGAAUACGGGGGCGCGGAGGGGGGCAGGGGACUCGGGGGCUAUAGUUACAGCCAGAGCGGCGCUAGGGGCUGUGUACAGCCCGGAUCCACCAACGGCUCUCCGCCGCAAUCCCCUCCCUCGUCCUCCUCUUUCCUGUUUCAUCCCCUCCAUCCCCACCAAAUGGCCAUGGAGCCCCCAAGGACUCGAUCGCGUUCCCGGUCUGGAUACUACCAGCAGUACGGUGGUGGGAAUGGCACUGGAAUUACCGGUAACGGAGUCAUGGGAUCUAACCACCACCAUCAGCAGCAACAACUACAUCAACAGCAGCAGCACGGUGCCGGGUGCGCACCACUUGGAGCACACAGCAACCACUCCGAGAACCAACAGCGAGCCCCAGGAACUAACGCCUCCCCCGGUAUCCAGAGGCUUUCGGCGGCCCCCGGAGCGCACCGUAUCUCGGCCGCAGGAGCUAUUGGAGGGUCCUAUCACUGUCACCCGGACCAUGCAUAUGGAGAGGAGAGUGACAAGAGUGAAGACAGUCCCAGUCCUAAACGCCAGAGGCUGUCCAGUCAGUCUGUCCUGGAACAGCUGUCCUCAUCUGCACCUCCACCAUCUACCCCUUCUCCCCCCAUUCGCCCCUGGGAGCUAGGACCCCCCAGUCGGAGGCAACCUCAUUCCCACACACACUACCACCAGGAGAGAUGCCACACGCCUGCCCGGCACAGGCGCAGCCCACCAGCAAGGCGUCAGCGUGGCCGUCUCUCUCGACCCACUCGCCACCCACCUCCCCAUCACCACCCCUCGACGCAAGGCCCCACACCUCGCCUGUCGCCAUCGGAGCUCCAGGACGAGAACUACCACCACAACCCUCACCUCUCCACACAUCAGAUAUACCCAACGCACACCCCCAGCACAUACGGCCAGCCUCCCUCAGCAGGGAGCGGAGGUGCAGCGUCAGAGGAGCCGCGGGCUUUCCACCCUCCUACUUUGUCCCCACGGCUUCUGCAUCCAGCUGCUCACCACCACCACCAUCACCACCAUCAGCAACAGCACCAUGCCACACAACAGCAGCAAGGAGCCAUGGUCAUGGACUUACAUGAACAGCUGCAACAGGGUAGCGUCCCAGUCUCCUACACAGUGACCCCAGUCCCUCCUCACGGCCUGGCUGCGCCUUUGUGCAGCAGUCAACACCUUCCCCCCACCUGCUCCUCGCAACAGCAGGUUCCUGCCUGCAGUGUGGUUUUCAGCACUGGACAGCACUACCACCCGAUGCUGCAGGCAUGUUCGAUGCAACACUUGCCAGUACCCUAUGCCUUUCCCUCGUUGCUGUCCAGUGACCCUCAGUUCCUGCUUCCCCCUCCACCCCACCUCUCCCACCACCCACCUCACCUCCCUCCACCUGGACAGUUCCUGCCCUUCCAGACGCAACAGCCACGAUCGCCCUUACAGAGGAUUGAGAAUGAGGUCGAGCUUCUUGGGGAGCAGCUGUCAGUGAGUGGGGGCUUCAGCUACGCCCACCAUCACCACCACCACCACCACCAUCACCACCAGCCUCCCUCCACCCUGCCCCCCUCCACCCCACUGCAGUUCCUCUCGCACCAUGACCCCCUGUCCCAGGAGCUCUUCACAGUGCCCUACCCCCAUUUCAUGCCUCGUCGAAUCACAGGCCGACGUUACCGCUCGCAGCAGGCUAUACCCCCGUCGCCCUACCACCCCAGCUUCCUGCCUUACUUCUUGUCCAUGCUUCCAGUGACCCCCACCGUUGGCCCCACUAUCAGUCUAGAGCUGGAUGUGGAUGAUGGAGAGGUGGAGAACUAUGAGGCCCUGUUGAAUCUAGCAGAGCGUCUAGGAGAGGCCAAGCCCCGCGGUCUGACCAAGGCAGACAUUGAACAGCUACCAUCAUACAGGUUCAACCCCAACAACCACCAAUCUGAGCAAACGCUAUGUGUGGUAUGUAUGUGUGACUUUGAGUCUCGCCAACUCCUAAGGGUCCUGCCCUGUAACCAUGAGUUCCAUGCCAAGUGUGUUGACAAGUGGCUUAAGGCUAAUCGGACUUGUCCUAUCUGUCGCGCCGAUGCCUCUGAGGUCCAGAGAGAUUCUGAGUGACCUUUGACCCACAUCGACAGCCACCGCCCAAUCACUGAAUCUCUUUUGGAUGUAUAAACCAAUCAGUGAACUAAUCUCCUUUUCUCAUAUGGCUCUGCUCACACAUUUAGCCAUAGAUCCGGGACCAGUGCAUCGUAAUCUUUUACUGUUUAUGCCCCCAGGAUGCUGAACAGUCCUUCUGACCUGGGAUCAGCAUUUAGGGGUGGGAAAACUUUCUACUGACUUGUGCUGACUUUAUCGCUGGACUUCCCAGGCCUCCUAACUUGGACUAUUAUGCCCCUACUACUCUGCCUUCUACUCAUGGUUACUCCUUACUAUUAAUGGCCUUUAAAACACACACACACACACACACACACACACACACACACACACACGCACACAUACACUCACUCUUCAUGUGCAGGUGGACAUAUAUACAUACAUAUAUAUAUAUAUUUUUGAAUUCCGCUCCAGCCCUUCCAAACUGAAGUGAUUCAAUUAGUCUUCUGUAUGAUGGACAGAAAAAAGAUUUAAGUGAUAAACUUCUGCGUAGUUGUACUAACAAACCCUGAGGGAGAAUUGGAAGUCCAAAGAUUAGGAUUAUUUCAUCGUCAUUACUCCGAUCAUGAGUAAGUAUUCACACCUUGACUUUGAGAGACUGUCUGUUUUCACAAAAAUCAUUAUAAUUGCAGUUUCUGAAUGAUGUUCAUUUAAUUUUAAUUUCUGUGUGUAUAAUAGCAUUCCUUGUGCAAAAGCAUUCUGUAUUGAGUCAAAACAAAGACACUGUACACUGUGUGUCAAAGAAUGAGCUAUGUUGGAACAGUGGAAAAAAAGUGAAUAAUAUACUUUAUUUUCUCGAUGCGCAUGUCCAUGUGCAGGUGUGUGUAUGUGUGCUUGCGUGCAUGUGUGUGUAUGUGUGUUCUGCUCCUCCUUUGUGUUAUUUAUACAGUUUGUGGUACAGUACACUGACUUCCUGGUUCCUGUGUUUCCACUCUGCUUCUGAUUGCCUCGCUAGGAGUAGAGGUGUGGCUUCAGAACUUGGCAGAGCUAAAUACAAACUGAUGAAAUUUGUUCCCUUCCUUGUAAGUUUUGCUAGAUCUUACUAUGAAAAGCCAAGUGGGUGGGCAAGGAAAUGUCAGGCGAGAAGGAAGAUGUACAAUUCCAGAGAAGCUGAGAAUGCAAAUCUCAUGUUUUUAAAUUUGUUUUUUCACUUUAGGCCACACAUCUUAUCCUUACAUUCUCUCCUGCUUUAUUAACAUUAAGGAAACAGUUCAGGACAGUUCAUCUCUAUCAGACAUAUCCGACUGAGUGGAUUCCAAACGCUUACUGAAAAACUGUCAUUCACUUUGGGAAUACUUUGGGAAUAAGGCCAUUGAUAAAGUGCUUCUAUCAUCACCUGUUUGCACCCAAGCAGCUUUUUUCAGGUCCAUAAGUGCUUGCAGAAACAGAUAAAGGUUUUCUUCAGUACAGACAGGGAGUAAGUUUAAAGGGAGCAGUGAGGGUCACAGACAGACAGACCAAUCUCUCUAUCUCUGAUCAGACCGUGAAAUGGACACUUGAGCACUUUAAUUAGCUUAAGAUCUCUAUUCUGUAGGCAUUCUGAACAAACCACUGAUCCGUUUCACCAAUACAUGUGUGUCACAUCAACUAUAACAUGCAUUUUAAAAGACUGUGGACUUUAGAUGAGGGUUCUUGGCUGUGGUUGUGUGCUGUGUUGGUCACUCAGUAUUGUUUGCUGCUGUACGCCUGCAAUGAACAUACAAGUGUUGACAGAUUGUGAAGGGCUGAUAAAGCUACUUUAGGUUAAGGUACCUUUAUCAGCCAAUGCUCAUGUGAAGCGGUUAGUGGCUGGGAAAUAUUGAGAAAGUUACCACACUUUGCCAAUAGGCGUUCUUCAUGUGAACUUCCAGCACACAUUGCAAUAUGAUUUGUCAGUUCCUUUGUCUUCUCAAUGCACAUCCCUCGGAUUUCACCUUUGGACUUUUUGGUCUCUGUAUCUUCAUUAACCUCUCUAAGACCUAUGCUAGCCUGUCAUGACCUAAUUGCAAUGUUCACCUUAUGUACAGACUUUCUAAUGCAAUUUAUCACUAUGUAUCACAGUGGGUGUUUUGUGUCAAGUUUAUGACAACCUAACUUAGGCCUUGUCACUGAUCAGAGACCAAUAAAAUGGCAUAAAGAGAAAGGGUAUUGUGAGUAAAUUUCAGCCAGGCACCUACAGUGUCUUAAAUGUGAGAUGCCUUUUUAUACAAACUCAUUUUCCCAGAGUGCAAGUUGUAUCUACCCACUGUCACCACAUCAGACCAAUUUUUUUUACCCUGAAGCAUUUAGAGGAAAUGCAAACUGGUAGCUCAGUGUCUUGGGAGAAAAGCGAUUUAUGUCUAAAACUCUUCUUUUCAGUGUUGUCAGAGUAUGAAGCCAUGCAAUAUCCAUGGUAGUGGAGGAAAAUUAUAUUUCCUGUUCACUUCUUUCUUGGGGUCAAAGGUCUUCUUGGUUACUGUAGGCAUCCAAUUUGUGUCAUUGUUUUUUUUUUUUUUUUUUUUUUUAAGUUUUGAUGAUGUUCGGCUUUCUUCUGCCUGGUACACUAGCAAUUACCUCAGUUCUACUAUUUAUGUCUUCAGAAUAUGGCACAACCAGUAUGAUUGAUGCUCAUUAAAUCAUUUUGAUUUUUGUUCCCAUAUAAGUUGUUGAAUUGUCUCAAGAUUUUUCCUUAAAAAAUACAUGGAACUCUAUCAUUAAAUAUGGUGUCAUAGUAGUUUCAUUCUGUAUUAUAUCUGUAACCAAAAUCAUUUGAACAUCUGUUAUGAUGAUGGUGAUGAUGAUGAAAUUUUUAACGAACAUUUGUAAAUUUUUUAUGAGAGUUAUUACUAGUAAUACUUUAUUAAGUAGUGCAAUGAUUUUUUUUUAAUCCCCUCCCCUGUCUUUUGGAUUUCAAAGGCUGGUUCAAUAAUAAAUGUAUAACAUCCUCUUCUAA